AUGCUUGAGGAAGCUCUUUCGGAGCAAAAGGAGAUGAGAAGCGAGAUCAAGCAGCUGAUUCAGAGGCUGGAGAACUCAGAAAAACACCAGAAGAUGCAAGAUAGCCAGAUAGCCCAGAUAACUCAGUCCGUCUCAAGAGCACAGGCAUCCCAAAAGGAUGAAGAGUUUCACCGGUUUCUGAAAAAGUUUAAAGAGAUUUGUGUUGAGGUACCAUUGUUAGAUGCGCUGCACCAGAUGCCGAAGUUCGCAAAAUUUUUAAAGGGAAUCUUAUCCAAUAGAAGGAAAAAAGGCGACUUCGAGACCAUAGCAUUGACAAAGGGUUGGAGUGCUCUUUUUAUGGUGAAUUCCCCACCAAAACUUCAGGGUCCAAGAAGUUUCUCCAUACCGUACAAAAUUAGCUCUGAACUCAUACCAAGAGCCUUCUACGAUUUGGGAGCUAGUGUCAGCCUACUCCCAUACUCUCCGUGCAAGAAGUUGAGACUCCAUAGCAUUAAAUUGAUUGCUAUGGCACUACAGUUAGCUGACCAUUCAUGUAAAUACCCAAUGGGUAUAGUGGAGGAUGUGCCAGUAGAAGUGGGGGGUUGUGUCAUCCCCACGGACUUCAUCAUCAUGGAUAUGAAGGAGGACCCCAAAAUCCUGAUCAUUCUUGGAAGACCAUUCCUCGCCACGGCAGGAGCCCUCAUUGAUGUGAAGAAUCACAAGCUAUCAUUGGAGUUCGGUAAAGAAAGAAUUGAAUUUGAUUUGUCUAGUCCUUCUAAUUACAUCUCCUUUUCCCAGGGAAAUCCUAUCAGGAUAGACGCACGCGGGGUUGAGAAGCGCACCUUUCGAGAAAAUUCCCCUCCCACGGACGACAAGAAGUAUAUAUGUCCUGCGCGAGCAAAGCUAAAGGCGCAGACUGGAACAUUAACCCUAGGAGGAGAGUCGUGCUUCCAUGGGUUUAGCCUACACUGA